AGUGAAUCUAUUUUAUUUGCCCAAUCAAAUAGUUGCUUGCUUCUUGCUCCCAUCAUUAACUCUUCUCUGCAUCACCCAAAGGUCAGGCUGGGAGAAAAUGCCUGCGGUAUUAUGUCCACCGUAUGUACACUUUGUGCAUGAAGCUUAAAUAAAUGAAUAAAUGAAAACCUUGUGUUAGCCUGCCGCACGUAGAACUAACCAUUGAAGCUAUCGCAGCUUCAUUUACACAAACUCAAUUUCGACUCUCGUCAAAGAAAGACGUAAAAAGAAAAUAUCAUUAGACAAAUUCCAUAAAACUAUGUUUUAUUAGAACUUAUAGUACAACGACAUCACCAUUUUACUACUCGAACUGGGUGAUCAUAAAAUGGUUUGUCUAGUCGCAAAACAAAUGAAUCUCUAUUAAGGAGCUGAUAGAGGCGAAUUGAAUUUGAUCAAUAUAAGCAUGGCAGGCGACGACAACAUUUUACAAAAGUAAACAGCUAACGCACAAUAUUUGUCGCCUUUGUUUACGUAUUUUGAUUCGUAUGAAGUUUGCUUUUAACUUAUUUUUUUAGGUAAUUCAGUUUCCAUUACAAACCCAACAAGUAGAUAAGCUAGGUGAACAGAACAGUUACCUUUGUUUUACAGAACAACUUAGGAAUAAUUGAAAUGCGUUUGUAUGGACGUAGUUUACGAUCCCUGUCGUUUCAUUAGCGUUCAUUAUUUUGACACCAAUGCAAUAAAGCUGGCUCGCGAUGUGAUGUGGUGCGGCGGCGGCUCGGAGGCUCAGUAUCAUCUCCGCCGGCGCUGGCUGGCCGACAUGUCCCGCCGGGCCCGCGAGGACGCCCAGAGGCUGAUACUCCCCACAGCCUCUAAGUAACGCACCCCUUGACGCGCCCUCCGGGAUGGGACCGAAUGUAAAUAUAAACCACCGAUCAUAUUUACUUGGGCCGCAAUGGCUCCACAGACAAAAGGACUAUUUCUCCUUUUAUUGUUUUGCGCACUCGGCGGGAGCAGCGGGGACGAUGAGACAGAAUAUUUCGACGUUUUGUCUCUGGUUAGGGACAGCGACGAGCUCCCUGAGGGGAUCACUCGCGUCCCGGGGCGGUGCCAGUCCCCCCUAGAGAACUACACCGACUACACAGCCUUCUCCCUAAAUGAAAAUGCCACCAUGCACAGACUUGCCGCCGGGAUGUUCUACAACACUUUCCCCGAAGAUUUCUCAAUAAUGGCUGUAGUUCGACUACCAGGAACGGAACAGAACCCACUAUUCAUUCUGUACUCGGACGCUGGUGACGAACAGUUGCAGCUGGUAGUCGAUGAAAACAGCAUUUUCGGUAGAUUCACGGACGAUAAUGAGUACCUGCCCCCGUCGCCGUCGCAGACUCCUUUUGAAAACGAACCUGUUGAACCCAUUGAACCCGUGGACUCUCUAGAUCAGACGACUCAAAGAUCUAAACGAGGGGACGAUGAUGAAGCGGAUGGGUCUACGACAACCCUAGCUGUGACGGAGACAACAUACAGCCCUAUGACGACUACAGAAGAUUCAGAUUGGCUCACACAUCCACCGGAAGUUUACGAAGGCAAUUCAACAACAAAUUACGAUUCAUCAGAGACUACUACGACUACGGCAGUUCUGGUACCUACAUGGGUCCUCGAGGAUACCCUGGUCCACCUGGCCCGCAAGGUCCAAGAGCUACAACAAUCGGGAACUGAUAAAGGUCCUGACGCUCAAUCGGAAGCUCUUCGACAAAUGUUCUCACAGCAUAUGGCUGCAAUGCGAGGAGCAGAAGGUCCAAUGGGUCUAACAGGCCCACCUGGUCCAGAAGGUGAUAUUGGUCCUGAGGGGCCAAAAGGAGAACAAGGAGAGCAAGGGGAACCCGGUCAACCAGGUCCACGGGGUCUACAAGGCCCACCAGGUAGAUUGGGACGACGAGGUCACGCAGGAAGGGAUGGAGAAAGGGGAUCGCCAGGAGCUCCCGGAACGAAAGGUGAACAAGGCUACCCGGUCAGCCCGGUAUGCCUGGUGACAAAGGAGAACGAGGCAGUGCAGGCUUGCAAGGCGAACCAGGGACCACGAGGUUUCAUGGGACCAAGAGGUUUUCCCGGACUUAUAGGUUACCCAGGUAUACCUGGUCUUGAAGGGCCACACGGAACAAAAGGUGCUACUGGUCAACCAGGUGCCCCGGGCCCACCUGGACAACCAGGAACAAUUGGUUCUCCAGGCUCACCUGGUCCACAAGGCCCUACUGGAGCUCCAGGGAUUCAGGGCCCUCAAGGGAAACCAGGUAUUUCUGGGUUACCUGGUCCGGAAGGGUCUCCAGGUACUCCUGGAAAUCCGGGUCAACAAGGGGCACCGGGCGACGUCGGCCCUCAAGGUGCUCAGGGUAUGCUCGGAUUUCCUGGUAGUCGAGGAUUGAAAGGAGAUGAAGGACCACGAGGUUUACCCGGUGACAAAGGAGACAAGGGAAUUAGAGAAGGACCACGAGGUGAAACUGGGCCUAUUGGUCCAGCUGGUGAGAAAGGUGCUACAGGUGCUCAAGGCCCACAAGGAUACCCAGGUAGUCAAGGCGAAAAGGAGAUAAGGGAGCAUCUGGAAGGAGAGGCAGACGGGGGUUUAGUUGGACAACAAGGAGAUCGGGGUGAAACUGGACCACGGGGCUACAGGGGUCCACGUGGACGCAGAGGUUCAGACGGGCCUCCGGGGCCAAAAGGAGAUACAGGUCAACCAGGUCCUCCGGGAGCAACAGGCGAGAGAGGACCACAAGGGUUAGAAGGCGUACGAGGAUUCCCAGGUGCUAUGGGCCCCCCUGGACCUGAUGGAAAAGCUGGCUUGCCUGGCCCACCAGGAGAACGUGGACCAACGGGUGAACCUGGUGCAACAGGAUUAACAGGACCCUCAGGCCCUGUUGGCCCACAAGGUCCAAAUGGUGAGCCUGGGCCACCAGGGCCACCUGGUGCUUCAGGCAUACCAGGAACACCUGGUGAUGUGGGCACUCCAGGAGAAGUAGGGAAAGAAGGUCCACCAGGACCACCUGGCCCCGAAGGAAAACCAGGACCAGUUGGAUCACCAGGCCCAGCCGGGAACAAUGGAGAACCUGGAUUGCCAGGAGCAAUUGGAAUACCAGGGGCUAAAGGCGACUUGGGGCCACCCGGUCCCCAGGUAUCAGAGGAGAUAAAGGAGAACCUGGUGAAACUGGCAACGAAGGACCACAAGGACCACAGGGUCGUGAAGGCCCUCGAGGAUCACCAGGACCAGGCGGACAAAAAGGCGAAAUCGGGACCACCUGGCUCACCCGGUAUUCAAGGCCUCCGAGGAGAAGCAGGGCCAGUUGGUUUACCAGGUGAUAAAGGGCCACCUGGUGACGCAGGCCCUCCUGGUCAACCUGGCACAGAUGGCGUUCGUGGCCCUGUCGGGCCCGCUGGGCCAGCUGGACUUCAAGGAGUCAAAGGACAACAAGGCUUUAAAGGAGAUAUGGGAGACCCUGGAGCUUUAGGAGCAACUGGCCCAGCUGGUCCCGCAGGCCCACCUGGACGCAGAGGAGCAAAGGGUGUACAAGGAGAACCUGGACCCCGCGGAGCUGAAGGACAACAAGGAGAUAUCGGUAGCCCAGGACCACCUGGAGCUCCAGGUGUACAAGGCCCUGAAGGAAAAUUGGGACCUAGGGGACCAGUAGGUCCAAAAGGUGAUGAUGGGUUACCUGGAUUACAAGGUGAAACGGACCUAAAGGACCACCAGGCCCAGAAGGUCCUAAAGGAAACACUGGACCUGCUGGAUUUCCGGGUGAACGCGGAGAAACGGGACCACAAGGCAUCAAGGGUGAGCCGGGAUCAGACGGACCUGAAGGAAGCACUGGGCCACCAGGAGCACCAGGGUACAGAAGGGCCAGCGGGUACUCAAGGAAACCCUGGAUUAACCGGAGAAAAAGGUGAUAUGGGCCCGAAAGGGGUUCCUGGCGAACAAGGACCUAAUGGACCACCCGGACCACCAGGGCCAGAAGGACAACGAGGUCUACGAGGACUACCGGGUCCCAUUGGUGAAAAUGGCGCUCCAGGUAUAAUGGGACCUGCUGGUCCUCCAGGCAAGGCGGUCCUCCUGGUAAUCAAGGGCCCAAUCGGACCUCCUGGACCAAAAGGUGACACUGGGCCAGUAGGACCUCCUGGACCUGAAGGUCAACUUGGACCGAAGGGUUCUACUGGACCAGAAGGACGGCCAGGUACUCCUGGACCACCAGGAACCCCAGGACCACCUGGUCCACCAGCUCCAGCGCCACAAAUACCCGCUGAAUUAUUCACAUCAUACACUAGACGGCGUCGAAGUGUGGAGUUGCAAUCUAUGGAGUCCGUCACUGAAGAUACUUUUGAGGAAGAGGAGGACAUAGAAUGGGUAAAAGAAAUCAUGACCGGUGUGUUGUCUGCUCGCGGUGCACUGGAAGCAGCAAGGCGGCCUCGAGGGACCAGGAGUUAUCCAGCAUUGUCUUGUCGAGACCUCAGAACUUCUCACGUCAACCUGACUGAUGGUAAGAGCAAGAACAUCUUGAAAUAUUGA